AUGGGCCAUCUGCCGGGAUUCGGCAUCCUGGGCGCCGUCUUCAUGGCCCUGAGGCUCCUCCAGAUUGUGUCUCUUGUUUCCGUCAUCGGUCUCACGGGCAGUCUUGUCAAGGACAUGGUGGAAGAAAAAGUAGCUGUUGCAUCUGCGAUUGUCGGCACGCUGGUCGUUGCCUGCAUAGCAACGGCAUACACCCUCACCAGCUCCAUCCUCUUCUCCCAGCAUCUCCUCCCUCUCCUCAUCGCCACCGCAGCAGAUGCCACAUUCCUCAUCGCCUUCAUCAUCGCGUCCUGCAUCAUCGGCAAGCCCGUGCACAAUCUCACCUGCAAGACGCUCCCCAACCACGGCAACGCAGGAACAUUCAUGUCCUCCCUCUUCACCACCACCACCCCAUCAUCAUCAUCCUCCAGCAUCACCACCAUGAUCGACCCCAGCAAAGCAGCCUGCCACACAAUCAAAGCAACAUGGGGCAUCUGCAUCGCCAGCACAAUCCUCUUCUUCGCAUCCGCCACCAUUGCAAUCUCCCUCUGGAACACCCUCAAGCGCCGCCGCGCGGACCGUCCCCGCAAGACCAUCGACUGCGAAUGA